AUGCCAUCUGUGUUAUUCCUCUGUACUCACAACUCGGCAAGAAGUCAAAUCGCAGAAGCUAUUCUACGACACUUGGAUACUACAGGAAAGUUUGAAGCUUAUAGUGCAGGAUCAGAAGAAACCUUUGUUAGACCGCUUGCCAUUAAAGUGAUGCAAGAAUGGAAUGUUGAUAUGUCCUCUCACACUUCAAAAACCUUGGAGCAGUUUCUUGAUCGCAAGAUUGAUUUUGUUGUUACUGUCUGUGAUUCUGCAAAUGAUACUUGUCCAAUCUUUCCUCGCGCCAUCAAGAAAUUACACUGGAGCUUCCCUGACCCAUCUAAAGCUGUUGGGACAGAGGAUGAACAAUUACAAGCUUACAGGACUGUUCGUAAUGGAUUGGCUGAAAGAAUUACUACAGAGCUUCUAAGAGCAAAUAUCCAAAUAGAAUAA